ACCUCUUUCUGGUGUUUUCAUAUUUUUUUCUCACUGUUGGCACUUACACAAUCACAUUCACAUUUGGUGUUUUCAAAUUUCACAUUUUUCACUCUGUUGGCACUUUUCACAAUUUACAUACGCGAAUGAAUUUUCCCCUUCUCUUUAUUUUUUUCUCACUGUUGGCACUUUCACAAUCACAUCCGCGCGCAUUUGGCCUGCGCCUUCAAAUUUCACGAUUUUCAUCUUGUUGGCACUUUCACAAUCAACAUAUACGAUCGAGAAUGAAUCUCCUCUGCUGUUUGAAUUUCGAACCUUUUUUUUUGAAGUCCUUUCGAAGUUCCUAUUAUUCUUAAACCGCCCUUAUAUGUAGAAUAUAUGAAUCCGAUUCUGUCUUACCCUCACCUGGAAAUAGCAGCAAAUUAAAGCAUUUCCUUUCAAAAUAAUAAGAAGAAGAGAAUAUGAUAAAGCAGCAAAAUGCCAUCCUCUUCCAUCCAUCCACAUAAAAGCAUCGAUCCAUGGCCGAACCGAAAGGUCACCCAAUCUUCUUCCUCACCUUCGCUUUCUCCACACGCAACCGACCACCCCUUCUUCGUCAUCGCCAAGAACAUUCUUAGCUGCUGAUCACUGUCAAGCUAGAUAAGCUAAGCUAAGCUAAGCUAGGCUAGGUGGCUAGGUUAAUUAGCUAGGUGUGUAGUACACCCGGCGACACAUUUGAUCCACACGUGUACGUAGCCAAGAAGGCAGCAGCUAAGCUAGCGAGCGAGCGCCAUGGCGAGCGCGAGGCCGCCGCGGGGGACGGCAUGGUGCGGCGGCUGCGGCGCGUACCUGGCCGUGCCGCCGGGGGCGCGCUCGGUGCGGUGCGCGCUCUGCCGCGCCGUGACGCGCGUCGAGCGCCGCGGCCACCACGGCGGCCACGGCGGGGCCCUGGGCUUCAUCAAGGGCCUCAUCAGCGCGUUCGCCCCGCCGCCGCCGCUGACGCCGUCGGCGGGUGCGGCGGCGGCGGCGAGCUACUACCCGCGCGUCAGCGGCAAGAAGCGCGCGCUCCUCGUCGGCAUCAGCUACGCCGACCGGGUACGAGCUCAAGGGCACCGUCAACGACGUCAACUGCAUGUCCUUCCUCCUCCGCGAGCGCUUCGCCUUCCCCGCCGACUGCAUCCUCGUCCUCACGCGUGCCUAGCUAACGAGAGGUGUUUGAUGGCAGAGGAGAACGGCGACCCGUACAGGGUGCCGACGAGGGCGAACCUGCUGGCGGCGAUGCGGUGGCUGGUGGAAGGGUGCAGCGCCGGCGACUCGCUGGUGCUCCACUUCUCCGGCCACGGCGUGCAGAAGCUGGACGUCGACGGCGACGAGGCGGACGGCUACGACGAGGCGCUGUGCCCCGUGGACUUCGAGCGGGCGGGGGUCAUCCUCGACGACGAGAUCAACGAGACCAUCGUCCGGCCACUCGUCGCCGGCGUGAAGCUCCAUGCCAUCGUGGACACGUGCCACAGCGGCACCAUCCUGGACCUCCCCUUCCUCUGCCGCCUCUCCCGGACAGGCUACUGGCAGUGGGAGAACCACUGCCGCCGGCCGGAGCUGGCCAAGGGCACCAGCGGCGGCCUCGCCAUCUCCAUCAGCGGCUGCGGCGACAGCCAGACCUCCUCCGACACCACGGCGUUCUCCGGCGGCGCGGCGACGGGGGCCAUGACGUACAGCUUCAUCAAGGCGGUGGAGACGGAGCCAGGGACGACGUACGGGCGGCUGCUGAGCGCGAUGCGGGCGACCAUCCGCGGCGGCGGCGGCGAGGUCGGCAUCCCGGGGCCACUGGGCGCCUUCUUCCGGAGGGUCAUCACCUUCAGCUGCGCGCAGGAGCCCCAGCUGUGCGCCUCGGAGCCGUUUGACAUCUACAGGAAGCCCUUCCUCUUGUGAUGAAAUCAAUCACGUACGUACUCUCCGGCCCUGCAAAAUUAACGGAUUUGCAGUGUACUUUGACUAGCUAGCGCUCGCCUAGCUUGGCGGUUUGACACAAUGUGCACCGUGUAGACAGCUAGACAUAAUUUAUACGUAUUGUGUAACACAUGAUCGAACACGAUCGCAAAAAUUAAUGGAGUCGACGAGGAUCAGUUUUUC